AUGUUUGAAUAUGAUGAAAUGUUUCAUGAAAAGAAAACAGAUGAACUAGAUGAAAUGCAACAAAACAAAAUGGAACUUCAACUAAAAGAACUAAUCAAAUUUAACAAAUGGAAACAAAAAGACUGGGAUAAAAUGCCUCAUGAAAUCUUAAAGAUAACAAGAUCUUCAUCAUUUAACGAGAAAGAUGUUAGAUUAUACAAAUAUUCAAAUAAAGCUUUCUCAAUAGAUAAAAUCAGUGAUAAAUCUGAAAAUUUUGAUGAGAAUGUUGAAUUGUUUGGAUCUUCUGGAGACAAACGUAUUUGUAAAAAUUUGAAUAUGUCACAUAGUAAACAUAAUAAAAAAUGA